CCGAGGACUUGGCAUGGCGGGGCCGGGCGGCUCGGGCGGCCCGAUCGGGGCCGGGUCGCUGGCCGGCGGCGCGCGGUCCAAGGUGGCCCCGAGCGUGGACUUUGAUCACAGCUGCUCGGACAGCGUCGAGUACCUGACGCUCAACUUCGGGCCCUUUGAGACCGUGCAUCGUUGGCGACGCCUCCCGCCCUGCGACGAGUUCGUGGGGGCCCGGCGCAGCAAGCACACGGUGGUAGCCUAUAAAGAUGCCAUCUAUGUGUUUGGUGGAGACAACGGGAAGACGAUGCUCAACGACCUCCUGCGCUUCGAUGUGAAGGACUGCUCCUGGUGCAGGGCCUUCACCACCGGGACCCCCCCGGCCCCCCGCUACCACCACUCGGCCGUGGUCUACGGGAGCAGCAUGUUCGUCUUCGGGGGUUACACUGGGGACAUUUACUCCAACUCCAACCUGAAGAACAAAAACGACCUCUUUGAAUACAAGUUUGCAACUGGCCAGUGGACGGAGUGGAAAAUUGAAGGACGGCUGCCAGUCGCCCGGUCGGCCCACGGCGCCACAGUGUACAGUGACAAGCUGUGGAUCUUCGCAGGCUACGACGGCAACGCCAGGUUGAACGACAUGUGGACCAUCGGCCUCCAGGAUCGGGAGCUCACGUGCUGGGAGGAGGUGGCCCAGAGCGGCGAGAUCCCGCCCUCCUGCUGCAACUUCCCCGCGGCCGUGUGCCGGGACAGGAUGUUCGUCUUCUCGGGCCAGAGUGGGGCCAAGAUAACCAACAACCUCUUCCAGUUCGAGUUCAAGGACCAGACGUGGACACGCAUCCCCACCGAGCACCUGCUCCGGGGCUCCCCGCCGCCCCCACAGCGGCGCUACGGGCACACCAUGGUGGCCUUUGACCGCCACCUCUAUGUGUUCGGGGGCGCGGCUGACAACACCCUCCCCAACGAGCUGCACUGCUAUGACGUGGACUUUCAGACCUGGGAAGUCAUCCAGCCCAGCUCGGAUAGCGAGGUUGGUGGGGCCGAGAUGCCAGAGCGAGCCUCCACUUCCGAGGAAGUGCCUGCCCCCGGCUCCGAGGAGCGGGCCGGCUGCAAGAAGUCCCGGGAUGUGUUCGGCCUGGACUUCGGCAGCACCACCUCCAGGCAGCCCUCCCUGCCUGCCUCAGAGCUGCCCAGCGGAAGGCUCUUCCACGCGGCCGCCGUCAUCUCGGACGCCAUGUAUAUCUUCGGGGGCACAGUGGACAACAACAUCCGAAGCGGGGAGAUGUACAGGUUCCAGUUCUCCUGUUACCCCAAGUGCACACUGCACGAAGACUACGGGCGGCUGUGGGAGAGCCGCCAGUUCUGCGACGUGGAGUUCGUGCUGGGCGAGAAGGAGGAGCGCGUGCAGGGCCACGUGGCCAUCGUCACGGCUCGCAGCCGCUGGCUCCGCAGGAAGAUCGCGCAGGCGCGGGUGAGGCCGCGCGCGCUCCGCAAGCUGGAGGAGGAGGCGGCCCCGGCGCCCAGGGAGGGCCCCCCGGCCGCUGUGGGAGCGGCCCGGCCAGCCCUGUUGCGGGUGGCCAUCCGCGAAGCGGAGGCGCGGCCGUUCGAGGUGCUCAUGCAGUUCCUCUACACCGACAAGAUUCAGUACCCGCGGAAAGGUCACGUGGAGGACGUGCUGCUCAUCAUGGACGUGUACAAGCUGGCGCUGGGCUUCCAGCUCUGCCGCCUGGAGCAGCUGUGUCGCCAGUACAUCGAGGCUUCGGUGGACCUGCAGAACGUGCUGGUCGUGUGCGAGAGCGCCGCCCGGCUGCAGCUGGGCCAGCUGAAGGAGCACUGCCUGAACUUCGUGGUGAAGGAGUCGCACUUCAACCAGGUGAUCAUGAUGAAGGAAUUUGAGCGCCUCUCCUCCCCUCUGAUCGUGGAGAUUGUGCGGCGGAAGCAGCAGCCGCCGCCCCGCGCCCCCUCCGACCAGCCGGUGGACAUCGGCACGUCUCUGAUCCAGGACAUGAAGGCAUACUUGGAGGGCGCGGGCUCGGAGUUCUGCGACAUCACCCUCCUGCUGGACGGGCACCCACGGCCAGCCCACAAGGCCAUCCUGGCCGCCCGCUCCAGCUACUUCGAGGCCAUGUUCCGGUCCUUCAUGCCUGAGGACGGCCAGGUGAACAUCUCCAUCGGGGAGAUGGUGCCCAGCAGGCAGGCCUUCGAGUCCAUGCUGCGCUACAUCUACUAUGGCGAGGUCAACAUGCCACCUGAGGACUCACUCUACUUGUUCUCGGCGCCCUACUACUACGGCUUCUACAACAACCGGCUGCAGGCGUACUGCAAGCAGAACCUGGAGAUGAACGUGACGGUGCAGAACGUGCUACAGAUCCUGGAGGCGGCGGACAAGACGCAGGCUCUGGACAUGAAGCGGCAUUGCCUGCACAUCAUCGUGCACCAGUUCACCAAGGUUUCCAAGCUGCCCACACUGCGCUCGCUGAGCCAGCAGCUGCUGCUGGACAUCAUCGACUCACUGGCCUCCCACAUCUCAGACAAGCAGUGUGCAGAGCUGGGGGCCGACAUAUGAGGGCCCGAGCGGUGCUGCCCUGCCCUGCCCUGCCCGCUGCAGGCUAUGCUGGUCACACUUGGGCCUGCAGCUGAGGGGUCCAGUGCCUAGAGCCUCCCGAAGGGAGCUGAUCGGACACGGGGGCGUCCCAAACCCCCCUUUCAUUGCUGAGGACACAUGUCCCCCAGGAAGCAGUGAAGCAGGUCUCUGGCUUGCAACCUCUCCCAGGGUGGGAUGCCAGGACUCAAUGGUGUGGAUGCCACAAGAGGAAGGGCCUGGCUGCAGCCCAGAGGGGCAGAGGAGCCUGUCAGGGAACUGGCUUUGAGCCCCCCACCUUCCUGCAGGGACCCAGCAUGGCUUGCCUUCCACCACUGGGUCACAUUGCCAAGACGCCUUGAUGUGGGCCACACAGCAAUCCUCGACCCUUGCCAAGGUCGGUGUAAGUAAGGGUCCUGUCCUGCCACCCAGAGCUCGGGCAGGUGGAGUCUAACUCCGGAUGAAUUGUGAGAUAUGAAGGGCUCUGAGCUCAGCUCCCAGCCAGAGGGGUCAGCACCUCCAGACUAGGCCGGGCAUCCACAUCGGGGUCCUGGGUGUCCCAGAAUGAAGUCAGAGAUGUCCUGGGUCCCCGCCUGUUACCGACUAUUUAUUGUCAAUAGGUUUGCCUCCAUUAAAGCCACAGCAGUGCUACCUGCA